AACUAGGGAACACAUAACCGCUCUAGUGAACUUUUCUGUGACCAGUAAAAUGUUAAAAUGAUUUUUAGUGAAAAUUAUCUUCGUAAAAUCUUUCGGUACACGAACUGGCUUUUCCUAUUGCUAUUGCAAUUUUAAAUUAAUAAACACCACGGGAGUAGUGGCACAGCAGAGAAUUUAGAAUGUUCUUAAAUUGGCCCCAGAGAUUAAAGUAGUGUUAAUGAAUAAGUUAAGUAAGUUUUUCAAGCGAAGACGAUAAUGAAAUAAAAAAUCUAUGAACGAAAGCUAGAGUAAAAAAAGUAUUAUUGGAGGAUCUGUAUGAACCAAUUUUUCAGUUCCAUGCAUUAUAAGUAAUUAAGCUUGACGAUCAUGCGUUAUCUACCGAUAAGCUACCAUAAACCUUUACUACCAAAUGGGCGCCAUCCGCCGAUCGACUGGCAAAUCUACGGGUUUUUAUGCGCGAAUUGUUGGCCACUCGCGGCGUUAAUUACGAAAACCCGUUACAUCGUCGAUAUAAUGGUGAUCAUUAUGCAGUUUAUGUCCGAGAGCAUGGUUCUAAUUGGCGAAGCUGUAGUCAUGCAUGACAAUUUAGAUAACAUCAGCUUUGUCUGUACUGUCUUGGCACCGAAUUUGAUAUUAUUUGAAAUGAUGCUGCGCGUUUAUAAUAUUAUCUAUAGCCGCAAUAGUUUUCGAACACACAUUGAGGAGUUUUACAACAAGAUCUAUAUACAACGCAGCUGGAAACCGGAGGUUUUCGAGAAAAUACGCCGCCAACAAUUGCCCACCAAGUAUUCGACGUUCACCUUUAUUAUUACACUGGUGACCUAUGUUUAUGUGCCGGUAAGCGGUUUAUUCAAAAAUGAGCGCUUGCUACCUUUUCCCAUCAACUUUGGUUUUGACUAUACUGUGCCUUGGCCGCGUUAUUUAGUAUUUCUCGCUAUGUCGAUGUGGACAGGUUUCGCUGUUGUGGGUCCCUUGAUCGCCGAAGCCAAUAUAUUGGCCAUGCAGAUAUUACAUUUGAAUGGUCGCUAUUCAUUGUUACUAGAUGAUUUACGCAAUAUUUCUAGGGAAUCCAUUGUCGAGCAUAAGAAUUGCAAAGGGAAAGAUAAUAUGUUAAUUACGCAACGUUUUCGUUUCCGUUUAUACGAAAUUAUUCGUCGAAAUGUUGAGUUGAAUGACUUCGCCAAGUCAAUGCAGAAGCAGUACUCAUUUCGUGUGUUCGUUAUGUUGGCCUUGAGUGCGACUUUGUUGUGUGUUUUGGGAUUUUUAACAGCAACGCUCGGGCUAACUUUGAAGAAUAUUAGAUUCGUAAGUUGGAUAAUUGGAAAGGUGGUUGAAUUGCUGAUCUUUGGACGCUUGGGCACAACACUUUCGACAACAGUGGCCAACCAGUAUUUUCUCAUAUACUAUAUACAACCACUCAUGGGUCUUUUGCUAUUCUCUUAUAUGACAGACGAAUUGAGCACGUCGUAUUAUUGCUGUGAUUGGGAGGAUAUUAUACUUUAUUCAACUAACACAGAGGAGAACAAGAAAUUGAUGAAACUUAUAGCAUUGGCGAUACAUUUAAAUAGUAAGCCUUUUCGUUUAACUGGUCUUAAUUUCUCCGUCGUUAAUUAUGAAACAGUGGUAGCGAUUCUCAGAGGCGCAGGUUCCUACUUUACAGUUAUUUAUGCCUAUAGAUAAAUGGUUAGAAAGUGAAUAUAGAAACAGUAGUAAAUAAGAAAAAUGGAAUGAGAACGGGUUAAUACUGUAUGAAUUAUGUAUUUUAAAUAUAUAAUGUACAUUAACACAGACAUAAAUGUAGUAAAAAUAAA